GUGUUGGCUACUUUUUACUCUCAUUGACUGGUGACAAAGAAGACCGACUCGGUCAGGUGUCUUAAGAGAGGAGACUCACGGACCACGCGCAUGUGUGGAGUAUCAGUAGGAUUUUAGAGCGCGCACGUUCGCCUGAAUGGAUGGUAACUAUCUGGCCACUUUUUACGAGUCUGAAAAAAGUUUUUUUAAAGCCACUGGAAGGAAGAAUGGAUGUGAAAAGCAAGCGGUAUUGUAGUUUGACAAGCAGUGCUUCUGAGAUGGAAACAUCUCAAGCUAUGGAGGUCGAGAUGCUGGAUGGAUCCUCCGUGAUAAGUUCUUUCACUGAGCUUUGACUUUACUUUUAUUCCUUCACAGAAGAAUGUGAUGCUUUUGAAUAAGACUCUCACACACAUGAUCGUUCCCUUUAAACGCAUCUAUUAUUAACUGAGCUUGUAUUUUCUCCCUGUUAAUUGACAUUAUGGACAAGAACUCUAUUGCAUAUCAGAUGGAGUUGACACUUUUCAUGGUCGUCUUCCUGUUUUGGGUCACCGUGUGUGCGGAUGACAGUAAGAUCAUUUCAGACCGGUAUGCUGUGUACUGGAACAGCACGAAUCCCAGAUUCUUGCAUGGUGAAUACACAGUGGAGGUGGCCAUCAACGACUACCUGGACAUCUACUGUCCGCACUACGAGGACCAUCUUCCUCAGGAGCGCAUGGAACGUUACAUUCUUUUUAUGGUCAACUAUGACGGCUACACCACCUGCAACCACCAUAUGAAAGGCUUCAAGCGCUGGGAAUGCAACCGCCCAAUGAGUCCAAACGGGCCCCUUAAGUUCUCAGAGAAGUUCCAGCUCUUCACACCCUUCUCUCUGGGCUUUGAGUUUCGCCCAGGCCAUGAAUACUACUACAUCUCUUCACCACACCCCAACCUUGGUGGGAAGCCGUGUUUGAAACUGAAGGUGUACGUCAAGCCUACAAAUGACUCUCUGUACGAGUCUCCAGAGCCUUUCCUGACAGAUGACUCCAGCAGUGGUUGGGCAUUAACGCCCAGCUUGUGGCACAUGCUUCCGUUGCUUCUGCUUUUGUGUCCCUCAUAGCAUUAUAAUCCACUGAGCCUGACCACGCCCAACCUGCCCCACCCCAUCAUACAUCACAAUGACAUGCCCCACCCCAUGAGAUCUGGUGUCUAGCCAACAAACAUUGCUUCCUCACCUGCUCUUUGCACUGUUGAAAUGGAUUUUUACCAACCCUGCAACCCGGCUGGACAUCCGAAAACCAUCUCUAAUUUACAAUGACAAUAUGCCUCGCCCAAAUGCCCAAAUAUGGGCGUUCUUGCAUAGGCUUUCUUGCUCGACUGACAAAAGACAUGUGAAGCGGCCAGCAUUUUUGAGUGUGCUGUACUUUUCUGCCGACAUCCCACUAUCAUCCUCGUGUCAAGAUUCAAGCGACUGUCAUCUGAAUCUCUCUGUUUGUCUGCGUUAACCACCUACCUGAGCCUUUACUGUCAUCUGAGCUCAGUUUUCACUAUUGUGAGAUCGUAAAAGUGUGCAAGUGAGUUUGUGCUUGUGGGUGCACGUAUGCCAAUGUUCGCAUAUGAACAGAUGUACAGAGCAGUCACAGUCCCUUAAAAAAUUACUACAAAAAAACUUGUUCUAUUACUCAUUGAGAGAAGGAGACAAAUCUAUCUGUGAAUCUGCCAAAGACACUACUUAAAACUUUUUUUAAUAGGGGGAGUGGGGCAAAUACUGGCUUUGGGAAGAGAUUACAUGCAACCAUGGAACAUUUCAGGCUUUUAGAUUCAUGGGAGGGGAGUGACAGACGACAGUGUAGAUUUUUCUAUAUAAUUAUCUUUUUUGUCAUACAAAAAACAAGAAUGUUGCGUAGAUUAAAAAAACAA